UCUGCAUGUCUCAGACCCAGCACGUUUUUUUUCCAUUACCUAACCGUAGGAAGUUUAGAGGCGAAUCAGGGCUAAGGGCUGACGGAAGCAGACGGUCGCGCCACAAAAACACCGCGUCCUAAGCGCGCUGGCACAGCGAGCAGUCUCUUUUGUAACACUGGUGAGAAUGCAGCACCAGGCGACUACAACCACCUACACCCACACCAACCUCAUCCCUUGAGCUUGACAUGGACCUAACACUUAUGCUAGAUGCACCGGGUGUCAAGUUGAGAGCGGAUGAAAGUCCUAUAUUAUUUGGUGUAAUCCAGUGGAUUCACCAUUUUGCAAAACACCUGAAACAUCAAGUCUCUGCAGACACACGGGCUGAACGCUUCUGAGGUCUCAGUGCAGGGGGAAAACACAGAGUGAGGGGAAUCCAGCCACUGGACACCAUCUAUGAGCAGUAUAGCCAGUAUAGCCUGAGAAGAGAGAGAGAGAGAAAGGAAACAGUGCUGCUGGGAGGCAAGGGGCCACUUGGAGAGCUUUGUGUGUUUUUUUUUCCCCCUCCUCUCACUUUCACCGCCGUCUUGUGGCCUUGCCUCACUGCUGGGAGUCCUCAGAUGGAGAGGGUCCAGAUGAAUGGAGAGGUACAGGGGCAGCAGAAGGAGGUUGCCCCACUCUCUGACCAGGACAAGGAUGUGAUCCAGGACACCUGGGCUGUGGUCUUCCAGAACAGCGAGGCUGCAGGGGUCGCUGUCCUAACCAGGCUGUUUGUGAAGUUCCCUUCAUCCAAACAAUACUUUAAGGACUUCAAGCACAUGGAGGACCCUGAGGAGAUGGCCCAGAGCACCCAGUUUAGGAAGCACGCCGUGAUGGUCAUCAAUGCCAUCAACACCCUGGUGGAGAGCAUCCAUGAUGCUGACAAGGUGGCCUCGGUGCUGAAGCGGGUGGCCAAGGCACAUGCACUCCGCCAUAAAGUGGAUCCUGGGUACUUCAAGAUCCUUGGAGGAGUGAUUCUGGAAGUGCUUGUGGAAGCCUUCCCGGACACGUUCCAUCCUACUGAAGUCCAGGGCGCCUGGUCCAAACUCAUGGGCAUCCUCUACACCAGCGUGACUGGCGUCUAUGCUGAGCUGGGGUGGGUAUAGACCACCUGCCCCGCUGACACCAACUCAGGCAUGUUUUGUGUGGGGGCCCCUGAGGCAAAAUGACACCAAAGUCUCGACAGACUUAUCAGGUAGAUGUCUUUGAUCCCCCAUCGCUCCUACCAUGGGAAUACAGGACAACCAUGUUCAGUGUUGGUGUAUAGGGUCAGCUUCACAUUCCUUCCCACCCAUCAUAUACUUCUGGGGAACUUUUCUCAUGCUACUGACCAACAGGGGAGCACUGACAUGGAAUGUAUGGCCAUGUUCCUGUGUUAUGCAAACAAACUUGUGUGUGUGUGUGUGUGUGUGUGUGUGUGUGUGUGUCUUGGGACUGACUGUACAUAAGGGAGGGAGAGUGUUUCUAUAGUUGUACUGAAAUAUAAUCUUUUGUUUACCCUGAAGAACCUAAAAUGUACAGGAAUCCUUUGCUGUCUCCUCUUUUGCUUUGCUUUUUGCUUUGUCAAGCAAAAUCAUUUAUUUGUAUGGUUUCCUUCAAUGUGAUUGUCAUGAUGACACACUGACAACAACAAACAAAAUCAUAUCAGUAAUCUACCAAAGUCCUGCCCUCCCCCUUAUAAGUUGCUUUCUAUGGAUAUCUAGUGAUAAUGUUGAUGAACAGCCAAUCACUCAUUUCACAUGGUAACUAUUUUUGUUAUCAGUUCUUUGUGCACUGGGCUAUUUUACUGUAUCUCUUAUAUCAGUUUGUGCUGUGAUUAAGUAAAUGUUUGUGUGUACAAACUUGUCUGUAGCCACAUUCCUACAGCUGCAGUGUCAGCUGAAGACAGAUAAACUUUGGAAUGGAUGAAGCAUUUUUGCUUUGUCAUAAAUUUGUCUGCAAAGUGACCACUAUCAUUUUUGUGCAAAUAACUACAAGUCUUUUUGUAUCAUCAUGGAACAUUCCGUGGCUAAGUAAGUGGCAUAAUUCACCUUGCGCAACAAAGCGCUAGAAUCUCACUUUAGGAUUUUUUAUUGACCGUGUAGAUCUUACAGAAGCUGGACCCUUACAAAACAUGUUGAUUAUAUUGCUGUUCUCUGUAAUUUAUAAUAUUUGUAUUAAGAAUCAUUCAUGUAUUAUGAGUCAUUUGUAGCCUAUAUGCCCCCUGAGAUUAGUUUUAGAGGAAAUGUUGAUGUACAUGUAUUGUUUUCAGCUUUUGAUUGUGAGACGCAAUGUUUGCCUAAACAUUAACAAUGAGGUAAAUUUUUAGUUAUUACAGAUUUCUGAAACAUUGACAAAUAUUCUACAAAAAAUAGCCUGUGUUGCAAUAUGGUUUUAAAAUUGUUGAUUGCCAUUUAGAUGAUGAGCACAGUAUCAUUGUCUAUAUGGCAUAUACAUAUUGUCUAUAUGGCCACUCUCUCUCUGUGCUGCAAAUGUGUAUGGCAAUAUAUUAUCUCUGCAAUAAAACAAAAAACAGUG